UUAGCUUUAUCUCUGUUUUGUGGAAUGGUCCUACAUAUUUUUUCUAUGCAGUGUAAAUUCAUUGACAACAACAUACGUGUCAAUAAAACUGGUCCUGAUUCGCUUUGUGUCGUCAUCCCUGCAGUGGCCGUACAAAGGGCGCCCAAAAGAAAAUCCUUCCUCUAUGAAAUUGUGUCCAACAAAAAAAACGGCGUUGAUGUGGACAAGUUUGACUACUUGGCCAGGGACUCUUCCUACCUGGGGAUCAAGAACAACUUUGACUUUCGUCGCUUCCUGCAGUUUGCCAGAGUGUGUGAGGUUGAUGGCAGGAAAACUAUCUGCACCAGAGACAAGGAGGAAGACCAUAUGUACGACUUGUUCUAUACAAGACACCAUCUCCACAAAAGAGCCUGUCAGCAUAGAGUAAGCCACAUCAUACAAGAAAUGAUUGCAGAGGCUUUUUUGAAAGCAGACGAUCACAUUCAGAUUGAAGGAUCAGGAGGGAGGAUGUUCACUCUCUCUACAGCCAAUGAGGACAUGGAGGCCUACACAAAGCUCACAGACAACGUGUUUGAGGAAAUACUGAAGUCUUCCUGCUCAGAGCUAAAAAAGGCAAGAGAGAUUCUGCAAAACAUCAUCUCUCGAAAGAGCUACAAGUUUGUUGAUGAGAGAAAGCCAAAGGACCCCAUCGAGGAUUGGAAAGUAAGUCUGUGUUCUUGUGUUUCAUUACAUUUAUAACACAUGAUCUAAUGCACUGUUAUCACAAAGCUGGAUAAU